GUGCGGCCACGCCUUUUCAUUUGUUUCUUAAAUUUUAGUGUAUUUAAAAAGUAAAAUGUUAAAGUAUACGGUGAAGAAAUAUUGUUCUGAAGGGAGCAGGAUAAAUCAAGUCAUUAUGGCUGCUUUAAUGGUCCUCCCAGUAUUCUCGUACGGCAUGGCGGUCGGCUGGCUGUCACCCAUGGGUCCGCGUCUCAUCAACGACCCGAGCCUGCGCGCGACCGUGUCCACGGACGUGGUGUCGUGGAUGGCGUCCGUCGUGUACCUGGUGGGCACGCCGUCCGUGUUCCUCUUUGGAUACAUCGUGGAUAAUUAUGGAAGGAAGAGGGCUCUCAUGUUCACUUCCUUCUCUAUGGCUGCAUGUUGGGGUCUGAAGCUCUACUCCACAUCUACAUGGGCCCUUAUCACCGCGCGAGCCAUUAUAGGCCUGGGCGUCAGUGGCUCGUACGUGGUCACCCCACUCUACAUCAAGGAGAUAAGCGAAGACUCCAUCCGCGGGACGCUCGGAAGCCUGGUCGUCCUCAGCCAGAACCUUGGCAACCUGGCGGUGUAUAUCAUGGGGGAAUAUUUGAGUUACCACGCGGUCCUGUGGAUCUGUCUGGCGGUGCCGCUGGUGCAUUUGUUGGUGUUUGCUACGAUGCCAGAAACGCCCUCGUAUUUGCUGAAAUGUGGGAAGGUUGAGGAAGCUCGAGAGGCUCUAGGAUGGCUGCGCUGUCGCCAGAGCUCGGAGGCUGUGGACAGCGAGCUGAAGAUGCUCCUCAUAGAACUAGAACAAAACAAGACCAACCAGUUCAGAUACGCCAUCAAAACUCUUGCAUCAGACCGCAUCGCCUUCCGCGCGUUCCGCAUAGUCCUCACCAUAACCCUGGCCAGAGAACUCUGCGGCUGCCUGGCCGUCCUUCACUUCGCCUCCAAGAUCUUCAGCGAGGCCAACCACAGCGGCAGCUGGGUGCUGACCGCCAACCAACAGGCGACGGUGCUGGGCGCCGUACAGUUGUUCGGGUCCGUCACGGCUUCCACUUUGGUCGAGAGGACUGGGAGGAAGCCGCUCUUGAGCGUGACAUGUUUCGUGUCCGGCGUGUCCAUGUGUCUCCUGGGCGCCUGGUUCGCUAUGGGCGGCGGCGGCUGGCUGCCCGUGGCGGCGCUGUGUCUCUGCAUCUACUGCGACGCGGCCGGGCUGCAGCCUGUACCGUUUGUCGUCAUGACCGAAAUGUUCUCCUUCCAACUCCGCGGCACCGUCACCUCUCUAGUCAUAGCCUUCGCCUGCGCCCUCGUCUCCAUCGAACUUCGCUUCUUCCACCCCCUCUCCGAACUAGCCGGUCUCCACACAGUCUUCUUCCUGUUCGCCGGCGUUUGCCUCGUCAGCACCGUCUACAUCGUCGUCUGCGUGCCAGAGACAAAGAUGAAGACCAUAGACCAGAUCUACGCUAGGAUUGGCGGGAAAAUUCAAGAUGGCGCGAAGCGGGGCUGCGAAGCGCCUGACGUAACGCGGUUGUAG